AAUAAUAGCAUGUCUAGUGUUAAUUUGAUGCCAUGGUUACGCGUUGCAGCGUUGGUGUCGGCCAUAAUAUUUUAUAAUCAAAUAAAAACUAAGAAUAUUAAAUCAAUAAUGGUGAUUUUAUGAAAGUAUUCAGUGUUACGAAAGCAGCUUUAGGAAAAAAGAACAUAUGCUAUUAUGCUGGACAGAGUAGAAUGAUCCACACUGAGUCACUAAGGAUCUCACAGCUUUCUUGCUUUGGCUCCAAAGAUUUUUCAUAUAAGCUAGGCUUUGCUGUCAUAACAUUAGAUUCAUAAUGUACAUAAUGAUGUGGGUUGCAAAUAUGGACAGAUUACCAACAAGAGCUCGCUUGGCUUCUUGGGGUCUUCAAUUAAAUACAUCUUGUUGCUUAUGUUCUGCUCAUGAAGAAUCAAGAGACCACCUAUUCCUCUCAUGUGACUAUAGCUCGGAAGUUUGGCGGCUUGCUAUUGCCAACCUCAAUCCACCUCGCACCAGGUUCUGCUCUUGGCCGGAACUCCUAUCCUGGAUCAGAAGUUCCUCCUCCUCUGCACCAGCUCUGUUAAGGAAGCUUGUGGCCCAGUGUACAAUCUAUCACCUUUGGAAGCAAAGGAACAAUGUGUUGCAUAACCAGUUCACUCAGACUCCAUCAGUGAUCUUCAGGCUCAUUGACAGAGAAAUUCGAAACACAAUCACUGCUAGGAGGAACCGGAAGCAAUUCCAAAACCUCAUGGCUAAGUGGAUGCACUGAUCUUCUUUUAGUUCAUCUUCAUUUUGUUAUUACCUUGUUUUUUCUCUUUUUUUGCCAAGGUGUAACAUAAAUUAGGUCUACUUGUUUGUAAAUCUGAACUUUCAUUAAUAUGAUAUUUACCUUUUAGCAAAAAAAAAAAAAAAAAAAAAAAAAAAAAAA